CAACGUAAACAAAAUCUUGGCUGGCCCAGGCUGUGGCUAGCAAGAUAUGACCAGAAUUUGACUGCAAUUUUGUUUCUUGUUUAUACAAAUAUGUAUGUUCUCUCCGUCCUGAUCCCUGAUCUGGUCUUGCACACAGUCAAGAGAUCGGCCCAGAUCAACUUAUUUUGCCCUUCAUCGUGCCAUCCGUCUGGCUAUCCGCAGUAUGUCAAAUAAUGUAUGUACAUAAUCACGGCAUUCCAGUCCAGAAUGGCUCUUCUACUUUUAUACUGGAUUCGUCAAUUGGGAUUUGAAAUUCUAUACUGACACAGGGUGCAGCAAAGAGCUGAACCUUAUCAGCAUCCAACUCAAAGCGCCCCUCAAAUCGUAAAUGAGAACAAUGAUGCUGAUCGUGAGAGGUGAUGAGAGACAUCAGACCGGCCACCGCGCUUUUUGAUCUGUAGGAAGCUUGGAAUGGCUUGGAAGAAGAGGAACAUUCUUGUCCAUUUAAAAUGACGAAAAGUCUACUUUUAUACUGGAUUCGUCAAUUGGGAUUUGAAAUUCUAUACUGACACAGGGUGCAGCAAAGAGCUGAACCUUAUCAGCAUCCAACUCAAAGCGCAACUCCAUUUGUGAGAAGUGAGAAGCCGCCAAAAAGUGAUGUCGAAGAGCGUGAACACACGGAACAGAGGAGGCGCUUUGUUACAAAGCAGCGUGAACAAGAUGGGUGACCCACCAGCCCGGAGACAUGGCAGUUGUGCCUCCAUUUGCUCUUCAGUGAUGCUGGAGAGCGUGAGCACACAGCAGAGAGAAGGCGGCUCGUUGCCAUGCAGCGUGAACGAGAUGCACCACAACUUCCACGCUGAGGAGGGCUACGGCAGGAGCUCUCAAAGGGCCAGCCUGGAAAAGCUGAACCUCAUGGGCCUGCACUCUCGGCGCGAAUCCAAGGAGCACCGACGUAUGGCGUCCUCCCCUCCAGGCACAGAGAAGACCACCUUUGAGCCCAGAGAGGAGAAGACGCACACGCAGGCUCUGGAGAUGAAAAUGCAGAUAAUGUCUAACUCAGCCAAGCUCAAGGAAAACUUGCAAGAGCCCUCCUACAAGACUUUCGCCUCCUUCUCAGUCUCAGAACCUGAGGAAGUCGACAAAGCAAUACUUCUUCGGAAUCCUGAUACAUUUGAACUUGGUCUUCAGCAGGAAACAGCCUCUGUAACUUCUGUCUUAUGUGACAAGCCACCCAUAAGCAAACAAUCGCCAGCCAUCUUGAAAACACAGUCAAAACCAGCUAAUAAGCUUCCACCAAAUUACAAAAUGGAUGAGAAUGAGAACAUGUCUGGAAGCAAUUCGGAUUCUAGCAACGCUCAAAAAGUGAAGAAAUCGAAGAAGAAGCAGUAUAACGUAGUCCCUAGCGAGAAAAUAGAGGGAUAUGUUGGCAACAAACACCUGGCAUACCUCCUUGAAUACAUCGGGGAAAAGACCACCAACAAAAGCAGCAAAAUUGUGCUUACCAAUGAUCUAAAGCACAAAGAACCGCGGGUUGGUGACGCCAACAUGAGUCAUCGCAACCAACGUCGACAAUGUCCAAAGGAUGGUAAAAAGAAGGUGGCAGACUAAUUUCAAAAUUGUUAUAAAUUUAAUUCAUGGUGAGCUGAACAGAUGAAUAAUUCAAUAAAUCUACAGUAGAUGAACUACACAA